AAACGGCUGCGGCCGCCAGAAGCCACCGUCAAGGUCAUGCCGCUCAAGUACGAGACGUGCGACGUCAAGGACUUGGGCGUGCUCAUCUCCGACAUGCUCAUGGAGCUGGUGCGUCUGAACGACGGCUAUCCUCUCCGCGACGGUCAGCUGACGAGGUUCCAUUCGAGAGCACCGCCAGGCAUAUCUGUCCGCGACUACCUGCUUCGUCUCAUUGUGCACGCUACGCUGUCUCCGCCGAUCCUGCUUGCUAUGGUCUUCUAUGUCGACAAGCUGUGCGCUACAUACCCGGCGUUCACUAUCAGCAGUCUGACAGUACAUCGAUUCCUCAUAACGGCAGCAACUGUGGCAGCGAAAGGACUCUCGGACAGCUUCUGGACAAACACACUCUACGCAAGAGUGGGUGGUGUCAGCGUGAGGGAACUGGCGCUUCUCGAGCUGGAGUUCUUGAGGAAGCUGGACUGGCGCAUCGUGCCAAAACCAGAAGUUCUGGUAGAUUACUACAAAGGCUUGGUAGAACGAGGCAAUGGAUAUAGCAUGGAGAAAGAGCCGGAAUCGGCCCCGAACCCCAGCCUUGAACGGGUGACAAGCCCUACAGGGUCAGCAACGGGCAUCCACACCAGCCAAUGA